AUGGGGGAAAAUGGAGGCCGUCAUCUUCUUGAAGCGCUGACGCUCUGUGAAGUCAUUAUGGCACGGUAUAAACGCUGUGGGUUGAAACUUGAUGAGACAGAGAUGAAAGCGUUUCGCGCGCUUAAUGAACGAUAUGCUGAUCUUACCACAAGUGCUCAAGAUCGCGCAGGAACCCUAAGGAAAGAAAAAACCGUAGGCUCGGAACCAAGUGUACCUCUUAUUGGAGCGCAAUUCCAAACACCCAUUGACUCUAUUGUUAAUUUGAUGGACAAGUGCAUUGAUCUGAAUCUUCCUAUCAAAGAGGUACUAAGUCGGCUAAAUGAGCAACUUUCAUUUGUACUUCGUGCCAGCCAUACGCAUACCUACUACCUUGAUCCUGGCGACAUGCUUCUGGUGGACCCCCUACACGGAGUAGCUGCACCAUUUGAUGAGAGUACGCCACUGGGAAAGACAGUGUCAACAGGAGAAGAAUGCACAAUUGCGGGAACAUUAUACAUUCCUCUUAGCCACAACAACAAGGUUUUGGGGUGUGUGGAAAGUCCCCAUGGGAGAAGUGAUUAUCACAGCCACCCAUUACUCGAAGGAACCCUGCGGGUGGCUGGUAUGAUCUUGCAGAAUGCUAUUGAAGCUGAAAGACUUAACUGGAACAAGGAAAAAGCAGAAGCCAUGUUGACGAUGGCGACACAAUUGGCUCGUGAUAAUCUUGAUGAAGCGGUACUCGCGAAUUCUAUAAUGAAUACUGCAAAGGCGCUUACAGAGAGUGAUCGAUGCAGUAUUUUUCUUGUCAAGGGAGAUACACUGGAGGCUCACUUUGAAGAUGGCAACGUUGUCACAAUACCAUCUGGUACCGGCAUUGCUGGAUAUGUGGCCCAGACAGGUAAGACUGUGAAUAUUGCUGAUGUGUAUGCGGAUGAACGGUUCAACCGCGAUGUGGAUAAAGCGACUGGAUACCGCACAAAGACAAUACUGUGUAUGCCAGUGAUGUACGAAGGAACGAUUGUGGCUGUUGCACAGCUGAUCAACAAACUGGACAUGGUGACUGAGGGUGGCCUCCGACUCCCACGUACCUUUGGAAAGCGCGAUGAAGAGCUGUUCCAGACGUUCUCCAUGUUCGCUGGUGCCUCACUGCGAAAUUGCCGUAUCAAUGAAAGCCUGGUGACUGAGAAGAAGAAGAGCGAUGCCAUCCUGGACGUUGUGACCCUGUUGUCUAACACUGACAUCCGCGACGUGGACGGCAUUGUGCGUCACGUGCUUCAUGGCGCGAAGAAACUGCUGAAUGCAGACCGCUCUGCGCUCUUUCUUGUGGACAAGGAGCGAAAUGAGUUGUACAGCCGCUUGGCAGACAGUGUGGCGGGGAAGGAGAUUCGAUUUCCGUGUGGACAAGGUAUUGCUGGUACUGUGGCAGCAUCUGGUGUUGGUGUUAACAUCAUUGACGCCUAUCAGGAUCCUCGCUUCAACCGUGAGGUCGAUAAGCAGCUUGGCUACCGCACACAGACGUUGCUCUGUGAGCCCAUUGUGUUGAACGGGGAUAUCCUUGCCGUUGUGCAGCUCGUGAACAAGCUGGACCACACCGGAGAGGUGACUGUUUUCACUGACAAGGACCGUGAGACAUUCCAUGUGUUCUCCCUUUUCGCUGGAAUAUCUAUCAACAAUUCUCAUUUGCUUGAGUUUGCUGUGAAUGCGGGUCGUGAAAUGAUGGAACUGAAUGAGCGUCGCAUGUUUGCAGGUGAUCGUCGUGGUUCUCUGCGUAGUGUAAAGCGUCUCCUUGCCAUUACAGACGCAGAACGGAAUGCCGUGAGGAAUAUUGCACUAAACAGUGUGGACAUCACAGAUAUUAAUUUUGAUUUGUUCCGUGUGCGGGAGAAGGCGGAAGAGCCUCUUGACGCCGCUGCUGCUGUUGCAUACAGAUUGAUAUUGGGAACAGGUCUGCCACAGAAAUUCCGUUGCAGCGAUGACACGCUGUUAAACUUUAUUCUUCAGUGCCGGAAAAAGUAUCGCAAUGUGCCUUAUCACAAUUUUUACCAUGUUGUGGAUGUUUGUCAAACCAUAUAUACAUUCCUGUAUUAUGGUAAGGCCUGUGAAAAGUUGACGGAGCUGGAGUGCUUUGUACUCUUGGUAACAGCAUUGGUCCACGAUCUUGAUCACAUGGGAUUGAAUAACAGUUUUUAUCUCAAGACAGAGUCCCCUCUUGGGAUUCUAUCAAGUGCGAGUGGUAAUACCUCUGUACUGGAGGUACACCACUGUAAUCUUGCGGUUGAGAUUCUUUCUGAUCCUGAUUCUGAUGUAUUCGGAGGUCUUGAGGGAGCGGAUCGUACCAGUGCUUACCGUGGAAUGAUUGAUUGCGUGCUCGCAACUGAUAUGGCUAAACACAAUGAACUACUGAAUUUAUUCCUGACAGCAAUGGAACGACCAUAUGAUAUUAAUGACACAAAUAGUAGGCAAAUGGUUAUGGAUGUAUUAAUGAAAGCUGGAGAUGUUUCUAAUGUAACAAAACCUUUUGACAUCUCUCGUUUAUGGGCAAUGGCAGUGACAGAGGAGUUCUAUCGCCAGGGUGAUAUGGAGAAAGAGAAGGGUGUCGAAGUUCUACCCAUGUUUGACCGCUCAAAGAAUACUGAGCUUGCUAAGGGCCAAAUUGGCUUUAUUGAUUUUGUUGCUGGUCCAUUCUUUAAGAAAAUUGUGGAUGCGUGUCUGAGUGGUAUGACUUGGGCUGUUGAACGUGUGUCUAGCAACCGUGCGCAAUGGGAACGGACGCUAGCUGCCCGAACUUCUUCAGUGGGUGGCAACUGA